AUGAGCGAUCUGACCUACACAAAGACGAUUAUCGACCAGCCUGAUCUUUUCUUGAUGGAUGAUGAAUUUUUCUACAGCUGCAACUUUGUCCCCGUCGGUAGUUCGGAGCAUUGGAGUAUAUAUAAUGGUCUACGAUUCAGCACCAGUUCCAUUUUCUUUUACCCGGAUUGGAUAUCCGAAGGAUUGCAACAUCCUAACGCCACUUACUACCCUAGGUAUCAACGGAAAGGCUACGAAGUGAUAUACGACCACAACAACACGAUGGAAAUUACACACUGGAAUUUCUUAUCGAAUCAAACAACGACACUCGAUCCUCACAGCAUCGCCGUGCCAAAUGAUUUGCGGGACCUGUUUGGCUAUGAGUUGGUCAUGUUAUCGUGGGACACUGACAUUGAGGUUCUGACCUUUGAUGGUUACUUCUUGGAAUUGAUCGCGAGCAGGAGAAAUGCCACUGCAAGCCAGCAAAAUGAGUUCACUGAUCGCAUAUCGAUAUUCAUUGUCCGAAAUGCUAAGGAUAUGGAAGGAUAUGCAAGGAGAAAUAUUAUUCCAGGUCCAGGGAUCACUUACGUGGCAAUUAUUACCCAGCGUCCCAAGCCCAAAUCUAUCAUCUCCAUUCUCGUGGACCCGUUCGACGCGUACACAUGGUCUACAUAUGUUGUGCUGGUGCUCACAGUUGCAACAAGUAUUGCAUUGUUUGGAGAGCUUCUCGGGCGAAACCAUUUGGUGGAGAUAGUGCUUGAACUGAUCAUGAUUUCUCUGGCCGGUCCUUCCCGAACUUAUGGUGGACCGUUCGAGAAUCGGGUCAUCACCAUGUUCUGUCUAAUGGGAAUAGUGCUCGUAUCGUCCUACCAAUCACUAGUCAUCUCCUUCAUGUCGUUCGUGCGUUAUCAUCCCGCGAUCAACACGCUGGCAGAUGUUGAGCAGCGUUGUAUUUUUAGUGAUACUGAAGCAGCACAUGAUCUUAACCUAACAACGUAUACGUUGAAUCAGUUUCCAUCGGUAGAGCAAACAUGCUACAUUGAUUAUGUGCGCGACAACGAACAGCUUAGUAUAGCAAUUUACGAAAAGUAUAUCAACGAUGCAGAGCGUGUGCGUGAUAGAAUCGAAAACAUGCGCCAUGCCAAGGUAAAGUUGUACGAAUAUCCACUAUUUUAUCUACUAACAUUCAAUUGCCGUGGGUUUCGGAAGUUUGUUAAAUUCUAUGCGCAAGCCAUCAUUGAGUCCGGUAUUUACGAGUUCUAUUAUCGAAACAAGUCGCACACCAAGUGGCACUAUGCGCAAGAAACGUUCAUUAAUCGUACCGUGCGGCUGACGGAUUUGUCGUUGCUGUGGUAUGCGUACGUUUUGGGAAGCACCAUGAGUUUGCUGUGUUUCCUGGCGGAGAACAUGUUUCUUCAAUUAUCGCGCAGGUUUCAUCUACGAGAGAUGGAGAGAUCUAAAGUUCGGCUUGUAUAG